AAUAUGCGUGCAAAGCAUUGUUUUCUUUUUUUUCACUUUCGUUAUUCUGGUCAGUAUUUUUGGUCAUUGGUGUGUUUUUAUCUCCUCUUUGAUGUGUUUUUGCCCCUGGGUCAGAUCUAAGUCUCUCCAACUGGAUUUAGAUUCCUAUGAUCACACCUGCUCCCAAUCUGCUGAUUAGCCUGUAGUGUUGCACCGAUACUGAUAUCCCGAUAUCCCUACCCAUAUGAGGCAGGGCCCCGAUCCAGCACUAAAAUGGUGGUAUCGGUAUCGGCGAGUACCAACAAAUAGGGCACCGAUACCAUUUUGAGAGCCAAAAGUUUAUUCAACUAUUGUCACCCAUUCCAGAAUAGGUACUGGUGAGAACAGCAACCCUGCCCCUCAGUGGAUCAUCGGCUGAGCAAAGAGGAUAACUCAUUCUUCGGACUAAUGCAGAUGGUCUCCAUCGCUCAGUGAAAUGGAGACAGAACCGUGUUGUGAAGAGCAGAGGGACCGUGUAUUGGAUCCCACAGAGCCUCAGAUAGCAGACGGCAUUUCUGAACUCACAGAUAGCAACUCUCUGACCAAGCUGCCUUGUGGGCCUGCAGAGGAAGGUGAAGAACUGGGUAAGAAAGACCCGUCUGAAACUGACAGCCAUGCAGUGGAGAGUAAAUCCACUGAGAUAAAAGGCUCAGCUAACUGUGAGCAAGAGAGAGAAAAAGCAGAAUGCAAGAUAGAAAAGAAAUUAAGAAAAACAAACAGCUGGAAGAUGGUUCGAUUUCAAGACCCUUCGACAGAAGAGGACGUGGUGGAAAGGGACAGCUCAGCGGAGAUUCUCUUUCCAGAAUACGCCGUUGAGGAGUGGACAUCCACUCCGUUUGAGGACCUGUUUAUGGCAGAGGAUUGGGAGAACAUCACAGAGGAUGGGAUGUUGAGGAAGAAAGUUCUGGAACCAGGAGACAUACAAGUCCCACACUCCACCUGGGGUCAGGAGGUCACUGUGAAGAUGCAGGGUGUUCUUGAGGACCGUACAGUGGUGGAGAAGGACUGCAAGCUUGUCUUUGUCAUUGGAGAGGGAGACGUAAUACAGGCUAUAGAGGAGUGUGUCAUGUCAAUGCAGAAGGGGGAGAUCACAUUACUGCUGGCAGAUUCCCAGUAUGCCUAUGGACUUCUGGGAAGAGAGCCUGAGAUCCCUGCGUGGGCUCCAUUACUCUACCAAUUACAACUGCUGGACAUCAGAGACAAACCAUACCCGUUAACUCUGCCCAUCGCUGACCGCAUCCGCAUCGGUAACCAGAAAAGAGAGCGAGGAAACUUUCACUUCCAGAGAGAGGAGUUCAGCCUCGCUGCCAGAGCUUAUUGUGUGGCCCUGGACGUGCUGACCACACGCACCAAAGAUGGCGAUGAUGUUGGCAUGAAGGAGGAAGAGGAAGAAGUGCGGGAAUAUCGGAUAAAGUGUCUGAACAACCUGGCUGCUGCUCAGCUCAAACUGGAGCAGUUCAGCGAGGCUCUGCAUACCAGCCGGGACGUCCUGACCCUCCAACCGAACAACGUCAAGGCGCUUUUCAGGACCGGAAAGCUGCUGUCAGAUAAGGGCGAAUACAAAGAGGCCAUGGAGGUGCUAAAACAGGCCUUGAAACUGGAGCCAGCCACCAAGGCAAUCCAUGCAGAAUUAUCCAAACUUGUCAAAAGACAAUCAGGAGGCCAAGACACGCAGCAGUGGAGAGUCAAACCAGCAAAGGUGCUUGGAGAUGAUAUCACACCAUUCUUCAUUCCUUCUAAGAAAAAGUCAUCAGGAAUUUCCUGGAAGUUCAUACUGGGAGCUCUGGUGGUGGCCUUGGGCAGCUUGGUUACAUCCAUGAUUUUGACUGCAAGAAACUGAAAAUCAUCAGCGGGAUGGAAACAUCUCUGACCCACUGGAACCAACUGGUUUUCAUUGGAUCUCCAAUGCAAAAGCAGCACCUGAGCUUUGAACCUGUGAUUUUGAGAGUUUUUUUUUGUAAAAAGCAGAGUUUAGGACAGAGCGAAAUUUUGCACAAAUAGAUUUGUGUCGAUCAAUGCAAGUUUGCAGAAGUUAUUUGCAGUCAGUUUUAUUUGGG